UAUGCUGUCUUUGUUUCAUCUGAUCUUUCAGCUAAAUAAGAGAUGGUCACUUAUCCUCACGCCUCCCAUAUCCUGCUGGAUUUCUCUUGCUAAGAGAAACUGACCACACGGGAAAAGAGAGAGAUUUCAGGCAGGGCAUUUCAGCGUGUGUUUACAGGCAAGACUGACUUACUCAGCAAAUCCUGCUUGGAGGAGCUGCAGCCAAUGAAGAGGCUAUAUCGUGGCUUGCUUAGGGGCUUCUGAGUUUGAGCUGCAUGCAGAAAUGUAAGGCAGUGCUCCCUGGCGCUGAUGGCAACAUGGGACCCAGCUUCAGUUAUUCCUCAGGCUCCCCAGCUCUGCAACACGGGGAGAGAGCCUCCAUAAACAUGUGGGUGAUGUAGCCAGCUUUAAAGGCCGAGAGAAUCCUGAUGGAUUCAGGAGACUGUUUUUUUAUUUAGAUUUUUUUUCUUUUGCCUUCUUUUUUGGAAGAUGAAAUGCUUCUCUCGUUACCUGCCUUACAUCUUCAGACCUCCGAACACCAUCCUCUCUUCCAGCUGCCACACGGAAGGCUCGGACCAUGGUGCAGUCCCACUGGCUCCCCUGCCCCCCUCUCCUGUGAGACUGGCUGCGGGGAGGGAACAUGGAUACUUGUCUGCCGGCUUCUGGUUCCCACGCAAGUAAGCCUGCUGUCAAUGGAGGAGGACAUUGAUACCCGCAAAAUCAACAACAGUUUCCUGCGCGACCACAGCUAUGCGACCGAAGAGCAUUUCAGAUUGGCCAGCUUCUCCCUGCCCUCAUCGCUACUGAACUGGUCCAAGCCGCCUCCCUCUCGCACCUGGACUGUUGUGAUGACCUACCAACAGGAUUAUCUGUCUCCAUGUCUCUACCCACUGUCUGCUCUCUCUGACAUUAUCUCUACGGUAGAAUUCAACCACACGGGAGAAUUACUAGCGACAGGGGACAAGGGGGGUCGGGUUGUAAUAUUUCAACGAGAGCAGGAGAGUAAAAAUCAGGUUCAUCGUAGGGGUGAAUACAAUGUUUACAGCACAUUCCAGAGCCAUGAACCCGAGUUCGAUUACCUGAAAAGUUUAGAAAUAGAAGAAAAAAUCAAUAAAAUAAGAUGGCUCCCUCAGCAGAAUGCAGCCUACUUCCUUCUGUCUACUAAUGAUAAAACUGUGAAGCUGUGGAAAGUCAGCGAGCGUGAUAAGAGGCCAGAAGGCUACAAUCUGAAAGAUGAGGAGGGCCGGCUGCGAGAUCCUGCCACCAUCACCACCUUGCGGGUGCCUGUCCUGAGACCCAUGGACCUGAUGGUGGAGGCCACCCCGCGAAGAGUAUUUGCCAACGCGCACACAUAUCAUAUCAACUCUAUAUCAGUCAACAGCGACUAUGAAACCUACAUGUCAGCUGAUGACCUGAGAAUUAACCUAUGGAACUUUGAAAUAACCAAUCAGAGUUUUAAUAUCGUGGACAUCAAGCCAGCCAACAUGGAGGAGCUCACGGAGGUGAUCACGGCGGCCGAGUUCCACCCCCACCACUGCAACACCUUCGUGUACAGCAGCAGCAAAGGGACAAUCCGGCUGUGUGACAUGCGGGCGUCGGCGCUGUGUGACCGGCACACCAAGUUUUUUGAAGAGCCAGAAGAUCCAAGCAACAGGUCAUUUUUCUCUGAAAUUAUCUCUUCAAUUUCGGAUGUGAAGUUCAGCCACAGUGGGAGGUAUAUCAUGACCAGAGACUAUCUGACCGUCAAAGUCUGGGAUCUCAACAUGGAAAACCGCCCCAUCGAGACUUACCAGGUUCACGACUACCUCCGCAGCAAGCUGUGCUCCCUCUACGAAAAUGACUGCAUUUUUGAUAAAUUUGAGUGUGUAUGGAAUGGGUCAGACAGUGUCAUCAUGACAGGCUCCUACAACAACUUCUUCAGGAUGUUUGACCGAAACACCAAACGCGAUGUUACCCUUGAGGCCUCGAGGGAAAACAGCAAACCCCGAGCUAUCCUAAAACCACGCAAAGUGUGCGUGGGGGGCAAGCGGAGAAAAGAUGAGAUCAGUGUCGACAGUCUGGACUUUAGCAAAAAGAUCUUGCAUACAGCUUGGCAUCCUUCAGAAAAUAUUAUAGCGGUGGCGGCUACAAAUAACCUAUAUAUAUUCCAGGACAAGGUUAACUAGGAGGACAAGCGAGAACAAAAACAGCCAAUGAAAAACGCUGCUCUGUAAAGGCUAUUCAAGUGCUUCUGACCCACCAUAAGUUUACCAUCCAAAAAAACAGACCAGAGGGCUCUUCUACAGAAAUGGAAUAUGGAGGAAUCAAGAAGCUUUGACAUCAAAGUGAAGUCUGCUUGAAACUGUAGAGGCUGGUUCAUCCCCUGCCCCUCCUGCCCCCUGCCAUUGAGGAGUCAGACAUGUAACUUCCACAAGUUUCUCUGCGGUGCACCUCUGGGAAAGAGACUAAAUUAAUUCAAAAGACAGAGAAAUUUGAGGCUCAGGGAGGAAGUGGGAGGUACUCCAAGCUGGGCCUGGGCUCCAUGUCUCCAUUCCUGUCACCAUGACUCAUCUCCCCUGACUUACAUUUAGUGACUAGGAAAUGGCUUGAGAUGAGGAUUUUCCUUUUAAAGAGAAAUUUUCUUUCGCUUUGUAUAUUUAUUAGAAGUCCCAACUUUCAAGUGUAAUUUGUUUUGGAAGAGAGAAAAAUAGUGAAAGAACCAUCUUUCAAUGCUAAGCUAUUACCCACUUAAUAACAGCUUUUUGGCAAGGAAACAACUAUCACUUAAGCGAACACUUUUGCAAGAUGCGGCUCAAUUUCAGAAACGUUAAAAUAUGAAAAAGUACGUCUCAAAACUGAGGGAGCAUGUGGAUGAAGACAUGCCUUUUUUUCCUCCAUGUUUAUCUUUCCUGCAAUAAAAGUCCUGGUGGAAACUCCCUGGGCAGGAUUCCUGGCCUGAUGGGGACCAGGUUCUUGGAGGAGACCCAAGAAAGCCACAGAAACUUCUCCAACUCACAGAGAAUCAUGGUAUCAGGACAGACAGAAGGACCAGCAGGCUCCUGUCCUGAGCUGACCAUCAACUUCCUCACAGCCUUUUCUCUGCUUCCUUGAGACUCAGCCCCUCUAUCUGCACCAGCUGACAGGAUGAAUCAUUGUUCCUCAAAAUUUAGCAUCGACCUACCUAUAUACUGUUACUCAUUUCACACUUAAGUGACCUUUUCUAAAAACAAGACAUAGCCUCCUCCCAACAAAGAAUGUUCAUGAAAUGUCAGCUUUAAUGUUUUGUUCUAACACUAAAAGAAUCACAUAACCAUUAAUGAAACAAACAUGUACCCAUUCACCACCUACAGGCAAUUUGUGAACCCCAGGAUGUGUGUUUACCAAACUUGGGGAACACUGAGUUCUGAUGCUGCAGAACACUGAAGCUUUUGGAGGCAUUAGAGACUUGCAAUGGUCAGUAGUCCACAAAUUGGGAGUCGAGCUUGCUUCUCAGAACAUAUGCAUGAACAAUUCUGGUCACGGCUUUAAGGGGUUCACAGGCCCACCUACAACCUAUCUGUGGCCUUUACCUCAAAGCUCUUACACUAACGCAAUGCCUUCAGCACACAGAUGUACACUUUGCGAUCUGCAGAGUGGGAGGAAUUUGCAGAAGACAUCAAUGCUAAGAACAGAGGGCCACCAUCUUCCCCAUUACCCCAAACAAAGGAGCCACCAGAGCCAACAUCCUCAACUCGCACGUGGAAACAAGAGGGGAAGGCCCUAGAGACCAGGCCUCAGCAGCAGCGCCCACCACCAUGCUUUAGCAGUGACCUGCUCUGUGCCAGUUAUGGAGCCAGGUAUUUACACUUGCCAUCUUCUUCCACCCCAGUGCUGGUGAUCUUCUUGGCUGAUGGUGCCUAGAAGUCAGUCCCUUUUCCAGCUGACGCUCAGAGUUACCUGGAAGCUGACUUACCACCUUUUCAACAGCUUCUUGGGCUCUCAGAUCCCUGCCCUGCAGCAAUAGUCUGUUCCUGAGGCAACAGUCCAUUCCUGAUAUUUUAACAAGCAGUUCAAAAGCUGAACUUUGGCAGACAUCCACACUUUCACUUCCAGAGGAAGAAGAUGAGUUUGAACAAAACAAAGAAGGAAGACACAAGGCAGCCUGCAGCAAUGGGGUGUCCAUAGGUGAACGGGCAGUAGGAACCCCCGUGCUUCCUAACUCCUUAGUGUCUGGCUUCGGCCUUCAGGCUUCUAUCAGGUACUAGUGGGGCAGGGGAGUACCUCACCCUCUCAUGGGCCUCGUAAUUAACUCAACAUGUAUUAGGCAACCAGCACAUGGAAUGUGAAACAGUUGUCAGUGAAAGGAACAAAGGUGAAAUUACGAUUCUUUUAGCUCAGUGACCUGAUGAAGCAAGUCAGCUGUCUCACAUAUAUUUCUUUUGAACCUGCAGGGCCCAUUAUAAUAAAAGUUAGACCCUCAAUUCUUCAUCACCAACAAUGUGGGAGACCAUUCCCCUUCCUUCAAACCUACAGAGCAACUACCCAAAGCUUCCCUCUGAACCCCCAACCCUGCGCCCCAUUCUUUCAUCAGCCCCUCUGCUGGCUCAUCCAAGAGUCAGGAAAGCCCUAGACUGAAGACUCCUAGACUGGAGUCCACAGCCUGAAUGAAGGAGACCUUCCUAAUUUGUCUUCUUCCAUGAUGGCCGUGUGCGGAUGAGGAUGGUCUGUUUUAACACUACCCUCAAAAACACAGCAGCCCCUGGUUCACCCCGGGAAAGAGUCACACACUGUGCCUCUUGUCACACCUUAACUGUCCUCUUGCCUCUGCAUUUCUAAGUCAAGUCUCGGGAGCCACUUUCCAUGGGAAUGACUCGCCUGGUCAAUGGAAAGAACAUGGAUCGAGGGGACAGGAAAUGCAAAUCCUGCUCCUGGCUCUGUGGAGUAACUGAGCACCCUGGGCAAGUCAUUCAGUGCCUGCAUCAGUCACAUCACCUGUAAAACGGUCAGAAAGCCAUCAGCCCUCGCUCAUGGAGUGAUGAUGAGGGACAUAAGAAACUCAUUUGUUUAUAACUGCUUUGAUAAGCUUAAAGCCCCACAGAAUAGUAACAGCAACAAUAUUCACUGAGGACAUAUAACUGAUUUCUCCUCAUCUCCUUCUCUGAACCCCAUGAGAUCCGUGCCAGCGUUAUUUCCAUUUUUGCCACUGAGGAAAUAGAUUCAAGUUUUGAAUGUAGCCUAAGGCACAUAGCCAGUAAGUGGUAGAACCAGGUCUCCAACUCAAGGUUUCAUACUCUAAAGCCAGAGUUUUUUAAAUAUGUUUCUUAUAUAUGAGGGUAGCUAACACUUACCGAAUGUUUGCUAUGGGCCAGGCUUGGUUCUACAAAUUUCCCAAGUAUUAAUUCAUUUACCUCCAAAACUCUAGACACAGAUACAUUAUUGUUCCCAUUUUACAGAUAAGGGAACAAAGAGAUGAUAUAACUCGAAUAAAUCUGUACAGUUCACAAGUGCCGAAGCCAGACAUUUUGGUCAGCGCUCUUAUCCUCUCUCCCCAUCUCAUGUGUGUAUGUGUGUGUGAAAAGAGAGAGAGAGAAUAUAUAUAUAUAGAGAGAGAGAGAGAUGGAAGUUACAAAUUAGAAAACAAUUCCAGUAACAUCCUGUAAGUUCAUCAGGGUUAAAUAUUUAUUGAGCUCCUGGUAUGUGUCAGCCCUAGGCACGGGGUGGGGGUUCCUGACGUGUGUAAGCCACUGGUCACCGCCGUCCCAGAGAUGACAGCCAUGUGUGCUGGGGACAUAUUUACAAUGUAUACACUGCAGAAAUGAUACAGAGAAGGAAAUGGUUAACUCAUGAGGACUGGUAGUUAAGAAAAAGUUUCUUGGAAUAAGUGACACCUAAGCAGAGCUCUAACGCAGUUUUCUCAACAAUGAACACAUGGACAUCCCUGAUAGUCCUGGGGUUAAGACUCUGCAUUUCCACUGCAGGGGGCACAGGUUCAGUACCUGGUUGGGAAAGUUCCAGAUGCCCAUGGUGCAGCCAAACACACACACACACACACACAUCCAAGAGAAGAACAACAUAUAUGAGUUACUGAAGCAAGAAUGGAUUUGGCAUGGGAGCAUGAAAUCAAUAUUUCUCUACUUCUAUUAAAACACAUUUUCAAUUUUCCAAAACUGACCUACCCCUUAUUUCUUUCAUUCAUCCAAUAAUAAAUAUUUAUUAAAUUCCCA